AUGGAAUCUCAGCCCAAAACACGUUUACAACGUUUCAAUACGGCCUUCAGCUCGCCUCGAGCUUUCAAUAAUGCAAUCAAGCUCGAGAGCUCCCACUCGAUCCUCGUGAACGAGGACCUCUUGCCGUCGCCGCCGAGCCGACAAACAUGGUCCGUCUGGAGCUUCUUUGCCUACUGGUGGAGUGAGUCCUGGAACGUGUCGACAUGGAGCAUCGGUGCCUCCCUCAUCACCGUCGGCGCCACCGUGAGAGAUGCUCUGCUCGUCGUGUUCUUCGCCAACCUCCUCUCCGCCGCCGUCAUGGUUCUGAAUGGCUUCGCCGCCUCACGUUACCAUAUCGGCUAUCCCGUCCUUUCAAGGGCUAGCUUUGGCGUCUACGGCCAGUUCUUCGUCGUGGUCCUGCGUUCCAUCCUGGGCAUCAUCUGGGGUGGUGUGCAGCUCUACUUUGAAGGCCAGUUCAUCUCGAUCUGCCUAAGAUGCAUCUUCCCCUCGUGGGAGCAGAUACCCAAUGGCAUACCCGCGGACCAGUACAUAACCACACAGACCAUGGUCGGCUUUUUCCUAGCCUUCGUCUUCACUAUACCGUUCCUAUUCGUACAUACCUCUCGUAUCCAGCACUUGUUCACUGUCAAGUCUAUCAUCAUGCCCGCUGCCGGUUUGGGAAUCGUCAUAUGGGCCACCACAACCGCCAAUGGCGUCGGGUCAGCAGCUCUCGAUGGUCAAGCAGAGGCUGCCAGGACUUCGACUUCGGUUCUAGCCUGGGCCAUCAUCUCGCAGUUCAACGCCAUCAUGGGUUCCAAUUCAGCACUCUUAGUCACAAUACCGGACAUUGCCAGGUACUCCAAGACGAGAAACACGCAGAUUUGGGGUCAGAUUAUAGCACUUCCCGUUGGCCAAACCCUUUGUGCCUCGUUUGGGAUAAUCAGCACAUCAUCAGUAAUCAAUCUAUACGGCCAGGCAUACUGGAACCCGUAUGAUCUCCUCAACGGAAUCCUCGAUCAGGGAUAUACCUCAUCGGCCCGGGCCGGCGUGUUCUUCGCGUCCGCAAGCUUCGCCUUUGCCACCCUCGGCACUUCCAUCGCCUGCAACUUUAUCCCCUUCGCCGCCGACGUAACGGCCCUGCUGCCGCGAUACCUCAACAUUGUCCGCGGCCAGUUCCUGUGCCUCAUCGUCGCCUUUGCCAUUGUGCCCUGGCGGAUCGUCUCCUCCGCUGCGGGCUUUCUCAACUUCCUCAACGGCUACUCCAUAUUCCAAGGCCCCGUCGUCGCCAUCAUGAUCGUCGACUACUUCAUCUCUCGGCGGGGGAACCUGCACAUCCCGGACCUGUUCACCAAGAGCAAGGAGGGACGGUAUUACUACACGGGAGGUUUCAACCUUCGAGCUUACGCAUCUUUCCUCAUUGGGUUUCUGCUACCGCUGCCCGGGUUUAUCAUGAGCUUCGGCACGGCGGACAAGUCUGUCGCGGCGGCGAAUCUAUACGCACUUGGCUGGGAAUUGAGCUUUGUGAUCGGGGGUCUCUCGUAUGCCGUGGCGAGCUGGCUGUGGCCAAUGCAAGGUGAUGACAACACCCAUGGGUUUGAGCAAGCGCCCAUUGAGGAUGGUCCGGAGGCCGAUGCCUCAAGUAUGUCAAAAGCCGCAAUUGUUGGUGAGAAAUAG